AUGUUGUUUGGCAAGCGUGGGAAGAGUGGCCUAGUAGCCUUGAAUUUAGAUCUUGCUCAAGUUGCUGAAUUCGUGAAAGCACGCCUUGGCGUGGAGGUUGAGAUGGGCGGUUGCAAGGCACCAAUCACGACAUUCAUUGUUGAACCAUUUGUUCCCCAUGACCAAGAAUAUUACCUUUCCAUAGUCUCUGAAAGGCUUGGUUCUACGAUUAGCUUUUCAGAAUGUGGAGGCAUUGAAAUUGAAGAGAACUGGGACAAGGUGAAAACUAUAUUUCUUCCUAGUGAAAAACCUAUGACACUGGAGACAUCUGCUCCUUUGAUUGCCACACUUCCACUGGAGGUUCGAGGGAAGAUUGGUGAUUUUAUAAUGGGCGUUUUUGCUGUAUUUCAAGAUCUGGAUUUUAGUUUCCUUGAGAUGAAUCCCUUUACUCUGGUAAAUGGGGAGCCAUACCCCUUGGAUAUGAGGGGAGAGUUGGAUGACACGGCUGCCUUCAAGAACUUUAAGAAGUGGGGUAGUAUAGAGUUCCCUCUGCCUUUCGGAAGAGUUCUGAGCCCAACAGAAAGAUUCAUUCACUCAUUGGAUGAAAAGACCAGUGCAUCAUUGAAGUUUACUGUUUUGAACCCAAAAGGACGCAUCUGGACAAUGGUGGCCGGAGGUGGUGCAAGUGUCAUAUAUGCCGACACAGUUGGUGAUUUGGGUUUUGCAUCCGAGCUUGGUAAUUAUGCAGAGUAUAGUGGAGCUCCAAAUGAGGAGGAGGUGCUGCAAUAUGCCAGAGUUGUUAUUGAUUGUGCCACUGCUGACCCUGACAGCCGUAAGAGAGCCCUUCUUAUUGGAGGAGGUAUUGCUAACUUCACGGAUGUUGCGGCUACUUUCAAUGGAAUCAUUCGGGCCCUGAGGGAGAAGGAAUCCAAGUUAAAAGCAUCAAGGAUGCACAUCUUUGUUCGAAGAGGUGGUCCCAACUAUCAGACUGGAUUGAAAAAGAUGCGUGCCUUGGGAGAAGAACUGGGAGUGCCCCUUGAGGUUUAUGGACCUGAGGCUACAAUGACUGCCAUUUGCAAGCAGGCUAUUGAUUGCAUAAUGUCUGCAGCAUAG